AUGACCGACGCUCAGAAUUCUGGAAUCAAUCGGUCCGAUGCGCAGGAUACCGCUACGCCUCGAACACGGUCACCGCGUGGGACGAUGCCGUCCUAUCCGCUCUCGGGUCGAAUUGACUUUGCUGUUGACGUCGAUUCCUGCAAUGUGGCCGACUCUGGAUCAGUGUAUAACACAUUUCGAAUCGAUGCUGGCAAUGACUCCGAAGAACCAGCCGUUGUCGGUGGCUUUUAUCGCGACGCCUCACCGCUGGAGCGAAUAACGGAAUCGGUCGCGCGUCAGAGAGUGCCUCGCUCCCCCCAGGACUCCACAACACUUCAGCCGAGCACAAGCAGCUCAUUCUCAGAUGAUCGGCAUGGACGUCAUAGAGCAUCGUAUGUUGUGGAAGGAACGACGGCAAAACCAGCUCGCGUCGAAGUUGCAGGAUUCAGAGCAUCACGAUCUCAACAUGAGGCAAAAUUGGUUCAGCGCAAUACAGCAGCUGCGCCGACACCGUUCAUGCCGUAUUUGCAGCCUGCGCGCGAGCCACCAACGACACCAAAUUCGUAUCAAGAUCCGAUCAUUAGAGAGUCGUCAUCCGAUGGUGCUCGUGGCGACGCAGACUGUAUACCGAUAGGCUACGAGGUUCCAGGCCCCCAAAAUUCACAUUUUCGAUGGUCUCCCCCCAAGGCGUUGACAGGAUCUUCGACUGCCCAAGCUGCUCGCAAUACUACUGUCCCAGCAAUCAGGCUUAGUGUGGUGAACACUCCUGGAACUACAGAAAAUCUCCUCACCCGCACCUCAUCAGACACAUCAUCUGCGGACGUGUGUAUCGUCUGCGAAGAGCUCGGCGAUGGUCGCUACUACUGCAAUGUUUGCCAAGAUCUGUUCUGCGACCCUUGUUGGAAUACACAAAUUACCCACAGGCGCCAAAGUAAGACUAUAAUGCCCGGAACGCUCCCACACGAAAAGACUAAGCGCAGCAUCGCCGAGAAAGUGAAAAAGGUUCUCACGCCUGCUCUCACUAAGGAGGAUCGAGAGAGACUUCAUCUAGAGGACAUCGACACGACCUGGUUCGGGGUUUCUCGAAGCAAGAAUCAACCCCCGCUAUUCCGCGAUUAUGGACGAUACGCGAAUCUCAUAGCUACGCUGAAGACCGAGCGUUACAAUCAGUAUUAUGAUGAUCACCCUUCAUCGCCAGUCAGCAAAGACCAGAUUGGAACUCUUUUUCCAAGUCUUGUGUCUUUCGUUGGAGUUACUGGUGCUGGCAAAAGUACCCUGAUCAAAUUUCUCAUUGACCUGAAGUCCAACAAUGACACCGCAUUCUUCCCUACGCCGGUCGUUGGAGCUCCUGAUGCCAGUCUUCCAACAUCCGGAGACGUUCAUCUCUACCUUGAUCCCGUCUCAUCCAUGAGUCUCACAUCACAGUCUCCAUUGCUCUAUGCUGACUGCGAGGGACUAGAUGGAGGUGAGAGGAAUCCCUUCGCCGCGGCGACUAAGCAGAAGUUCGAGGGGCAAGGAGAAGAAUCGCCUUCCUCAACAACGGAUCAAUAUCGGCCGAAACGACUCAAUCACAUUUCAGAAAGAGAACUGAUGUGGGCCAACAAUGCACAAAGAGGACGGCGCGAUUAUACUGUCGAGUAUCUUUAUCCAAGGCUUCUUUACACGUUCUCAGACGUCAUCGUCUUCGUCGCCAAAGACGCCAGGCUCAUCGAGAAAGUUGUCGAGCGACUUAUCAAUUGGGCGCAUGCCGCGCUCGAGAAGUCGUCUAAUCAGCCGGUCCUGCCCCAUGCCAUCAUUGUUCUCAAUGCUUCGAACAACGACAUCCCAGAAAAGUUGUGGGAUGUCAAGUGUGCGACAAAAACAGUCAUGGACAAACUCGACGAAGCUUUACUGAAAAAUCCCUCGUACCAACAUCUCGUCAACUUUUGGAAGGAGAGGCGACGGCCUGUCCGUACCGUCACCGGCUUGGUUCGCAUGUACUACUCCUCGCUCAACAUAGUGCGCGUUCCGACGACAGGCAGGCCAAAUUUGAUUACCGAUCAGAUCACGAAACUUUCUGAUGUGAUCCGAACUGGUAGUGAGGCUGCCCGAGAGAGCAAGGCCAGGUUGCGCAUGCUCUUGAACGCGGAUGAGUUUCAGCUAUAUUUACAGUCAGCUUUCGACCAUUUUGCUGAGAACCUCAGUAAGCCCUUCGACUUUGUGCAGGCGUCUUUUGCAAAUAGUCCUAUACCAAACAACUUCGGUGGCAAUAUCCUGAAGCUCGCAAUUCAAAUGAUGACAACCUGGAAUGAGAUCCGCAACCCAUGGCACAUUCUUCAAGAGCUCAGCUUCAUCGUUGGUUCGUGCAUCAUGCUCGAUACGACUCGCCAGAAAAUAAGAGGCGUCCCGCAGGACAUGUUCCCCAAAUAUCUACCACAUCUCGACCAAGCUCUUAUGGACUUUUGCGACAAGCACUGGCGUUGCGAGUAUCAACAUGGGGCGGAGCGAUGCGUCAAUGUACGGAGCGGACACUCCGCCAAAGGUCAUCAGAUGCAAUCUGGAAGGCUGGCCGGUGUCGGCCACUACAAGUCAACAAUACAAUGCGACGAGCCCACCAAACGCAAGUUCCAAGAACUUGUCUACGAGAAGCUGGUGAUCUCUUACGUGAUGACGCGGCGGCGAACCUCAUCAAGUAAAGCGGAGGAUCGCGCUGCAGCCGAGAUUCAUUGCGAAUACGUCUUACCGCACUUCUUCGCCCAUGUCACGAAGCACGAUCCCGGGACCUUUGUCAGCCAUACAGUAUGCUUGUCAUGUCUCUUCGAGCCACCAGAGCAUGCACUGCCUUGUGGACAUAUCAUAUGUACUCCCUGCUUACGGAGCUUCGGCGACUGUCCGGAACCCAGUCGCGUCGCCAUCCCGCACUGCCCUCUUGAGCCGAAGACGAAUCGCUUCAUAUUUCCCUGGGAAGUUUACCUCAAACCUCCAGGCUGUGGGAUCCGGAUACUGACAUUAGAUGGUGGCGGAAUUCGAGGCGUCGUUGAGUUGGAAAUUCUCAAGCUCCUCGCAGCAGAGUUCGAUAAUGACAUCAACAUUCAAAGCUUUUUUGACCUGAUUGUUGGUACGAGCACUGGUGGCAUAAUUGCUCUUGGUAUGGUGGAACGUAAAUGGACGAUACAACAAUGCUCUGAGAAGUUCGAGAAGCUUUGUGUUAAAGCUUUUGUGCCGCGCAAAGGCGUCAAUAUUCCAGUGAUUGGACGAAUCGUUGCAGCUCACAAGCAGUCUAAGUACGAGACGAAACCUCUCGAGGAGGCAUUGCAAACGGCAUUCACUGAGCAUGAGCACCUUUUUGGAGGCAAACGCGCUCGAGCAACAGAAAUUGGCGUCAAAGUCGCCAUCACGGCAACCUCUGCGACACUGGGUGAAGUCGUGUUUGCGAAUUACAGCCGGACAUGUGGCGAGCAACUAUCCUAUGCUUUUCAGCGACCUGAAACCCUCCAAGGAGAAGUCAAAACUUGGGAAGCAGCGAGAGCAACGUCAGCCGCGCCCAGAUACUUCAAAAAUUACUAUCACAAGGCCACAAAGCAGCUUUAUUCUGACGGAGGUAUUUACCACAACAACCCGAUAAAUGUGGCCGACAGCGAGCGUAAACUCCUUUGGCCAGAGCUCAAGGACAACGAACCAGAUAUCGUGAUAUCUAUCGGCACCGGGUCGUGCGUGAUCGCAAAGGAGAAAGCAUUGGUCUCUAGUCCGUCGAACAAGGGCAUUGUUGCUGGCAUACGGAACAUGAACAAUCUUGCGUCGCAUCAUAUCCAUUCGUCACUGGAUGCUCGAAGAACUUGGCGAGAGUUCAUCCGAGUGCGGAACCCCAAAGGCGACAACAAGCAGCGCUACGUUCGCCUCGAUCCCGAGUUCGAAGAACCACUCCCCAAGCUCGAUCACAUCAGAGCGCUGUUGGAGCUCAAAGCGUCGACUGUAUCAAGCAUGAAGAGAAGUGAGCAGAUCAAAGCCGUUGCCCAACGCAUAGCUGCCACUCUUUUCUACUUCGAAGUUGCCAGCGGCGUGAAUGACUCCAUCGCUCCGACCUCGGAGAUGGUUUCUGUAGUUGGUAAUUUUCACUGCCGAUUGCAAAAGCACGAGAUACCUGCACUCAGCAAUUUUAUAAAGAAACACAAGGUGCCAGGAUACACACCUCGCUUUAUCAUCAUGAGGUCGGACAGCGAUACGGACAUACCACAGCUUGUUUACCUGAAUGAUCAAGUGCUGGAUAGAAUGUCCACCAAGAAAUCGCUGAACAUUUAUCCGCCAACCACAGUGACUUGGUCUUCGAAGCAAGCGCGAACCGAAAUCUUCCUUUGUCUCGACAAGAGCACAAGGUAUCCAAUCAGUGGUUUUCCACGCAAGCUCCAUGAGGGCAAAACUCCGAUCACAGGGAGUCGCCAGAUACUAACAUCGGUUGAGACGGGCCCUUGGAUCGGACAUUCUGCGAGCGCUCACGCCCGGGACCAUGCUUGGGACCCACCACUACACUUGAGCAAAUUGCAGAAAACAGACAUCAUCGAAAGAUUCGCCGAUGCUUCACAUUUGCUCGGUAGCGCAACCAAAGAUGAUCUCAACCCCAAUACUCCCCCAGAACCUCCAUUCGAGUCGGAAGAGGCCUACAGCCAAUCGACACAACCGCAACAUAAUUUCGCAAGCACCGGCUUCACCACUCUCCCGCCAAGUUCAGGCUAUCGCAGCGCCGCGUGGGACUCGUUCGAGCUGGCUCACAGCAGGAGCACCAACAGCGCCGGCUACGUGGGUUCGUUGUCUUCUCAAGCCUCAGCCCCAGUACAUCAAGCAUGGAAUGGAUAUCCGCCAUCAGUGCAUAGCUCCUCGUCGGGCAGGGCUCCAUCUGAGCUAGAUGGCUCCUCAAUGCCUCGGAUGUUCGAACAUUAUGGGAGCGCGGAAAGAUCUCAGGAAUCCCCUGUGAUCGCCGUGGCUGCGAACAGCAACGAAUCAUACAGACAUACUGGGAGCGCAGCUUAUCCAGCCGGCGUACAUGAGUUACCGUGA